AGUUCAGAUCUCUUAUUUAGAUCCUUAAUUAACGUAAAGAUAUUAGUUGCAAUUGUCAUAAAUGGUUGAUGAAGCUCGGUUGGACUACUCACUUCCUAUUGUGGACCCACGUACAAUGGCAAUGCUAUAGGGAAGCCCGUAAUCGAGAUAAGAUGGCACCAAUUGCAGACUAUAUUUCGAUCAGGAUUACUACAUGACAAGCCGAGUGAGAUCCACUCCCCUUGAAAAGGGAGAAGCUGCAUGCGGAAGCUUCCGUAAAACGGAAGGAUCGGACUUGCGCGGAGGCACAUAAAGACAUGGAGUGGUGACCCCUAUAAGCUUUCUAUUCCUACGCACGCUAAACUCCUUGAACGUCAAGAUCCAUGCAAUAGGAUGAUACCUCGGUUACAAGGAUCUUGACAAUGGAAGAGACUAAUUUUGUUUUAUUACCCUAGAUGUGGAGAGAUUUUUUUUUUUUUUUAAAAACAAACAUACAAAAUGAACUAACCAAAAUUAGAUAAACAAAAAUUUCACUUAGAAAUCUGGCGGAUCCAAUCAGGAAUUUUCAAUCGAAGUAUUUGGCAAUCGAUUUUGUGAACGAUGGAAAAUCCUGCACAUUCUCACACUCUUACCGAUCUCAAGAAUCUCCUCCACAAGAGAUCUAAUAGCAGUCAAAUUGAGCUCUCCGCCUUCAACAAUCGCAUUGCUGUCAAACUUCAUACUCUACUGUGAUCGAGCAUCCACCUAGCCCCUGAGGGGUAAUCACUGUCAAUCCUUCCGUUAUCGCCCAAACCUCUGUCAACAACAAGUCAAACUCCAUACGGACAUGUCGACAACCUGCAUCACACAAAUUCCCUUCAUAGCCCCUCGAAGGCCAUCAAAGAAAGGAGAUAAGGAGGGGAGGAAGCCAUCAAGGGGGUUCGCAUCCUCCAAAUGCACAACCUGCUAUCGAGAUCCAGCCGCGUCACUCCCCGAGCUUCCCUGCCCCUCAAACUUAGUAGCAAAACCAUGGAUGGAAUCCACCAACAUAGAAACACCCCCACUACAAAACAACACUUGAUUACGAAGCGUCCAAAGUCGCCACAACACCACAAACAACAAUGUAAUAUCUUUGGUACCAUUAUGCUCCUUCAACCAUGUCAGCGAUCCAACGAAGACCCAGGCUCUAUGUCACACAAAAUAGAAACGACAUUAGGAGCAAAUAGAAAGAGUCAUACCUCUCUUACUUUCUUACACCGAUGUCUUGGACUUACCCCACACACAACGAAUUGAAUAUUAGAUAUUGAACAUCGAAUCUUUCAUCUUAAUUACCGCUACAUUAUGCUCAAAUUGGCCUAUUGACACAAACGUAAAAUUGGAAGAACUAAUUUAACCUCUAUUUUUUUAUAUUAAUUUUAAUAUUAUUAGUUGUGUUUGUGUAUACAAAGACAGCCAAAUUUAUUUUGAAACACCAAAUAAAGAGCCACAAAAUUCAAAGUUACGCGGGAAAAUGAUAAUUGGAAUGGUUUAGUGCAAUUACGCCUCUGCUUCCGCUCUCAAACAAUGUUCUUCAAUGAAUUUGCAUUAAUUGCAAACGGAUGGUGAAGGGACUGCAAAAUUUGUUAGGUCGUGCAUGUGUCAUUUUCCUCUUCAAUCUAACGCUUUCGCUUUUAAGAUUGCUUCAGGUAAUACCAAUUGCCCCAUUGAUUUACUCUCUGAAGAACAAGCAGUUUGGAAUUUUAGAACAAGAGCUUGCCAAUUGUGCUUUGAUGGGCCGUCGUAUGGAUGCGCAUAAACUGUUCGACAAAAUGCAAAUCGAUUUUGAUAUUGGAAUUGCAGCUGGGGCUACUGUUGAAAUGCCUCUGAGAAACAAGCUUAAUUAUAUUUUGAAAGUCUAUUCCCAAAAGAAAGAAAAGAGGGCAAGAAAGAAGGGAUAUAAAGGAGAUGGGCUUCGAAAGAGAAGGCACACGUUGUUCCAUGAUGACGCAGACAUGUUGUGGACCAUAGGGAGGGAUAUGCAAGAGCUGCUUAUGGUGCUAUUUGUGGCACAGAGAUGCACAUAAACUUUCUGCAAAGGCAUUUGUUUUACCCUUUCAC